AUGCGACUGUCAACUGUGUUCGAGCUGUUAUUGAUAUUCCUGUUAAUCGCUUUCGCUGCGUAUGGACGAGUCAUCGAUCGCAAUGAGACUUCGUUGUACCGAGUUGCGCGAGCCACAAAACAAAAUUUCGGUGUAUCAUUCAUGUCUCUUAAACAGGCGACGGAAAAUGUCAACAAAUACUGCACCUGCAAUGAGAAUAUCUGCAAUUGCUGCAGGAAAUUCCACAUUCCAUUGGUCAGAGUUCAAGGACCAGGGUGUGCCUCUCUGCAGUACUUGAAGGAGAACAAUCUCGCUGUUCAAUUGAGUUUUGGGAAGAAUAUUCUAACCAGCACAGUUAUCAGCGGCAAGAAGCCCCGAGCGAUCUGUGUGCCAAUGCCGGGAGGUCUGACAAAAUUCUGCGGUCGAAUCUACUCGAUCGAGCGUGAAGCCCAGGACCACUUCAAAGCGUGUCUCGGUCUCGAAUUGCAGUCGGCAUCCGAGCUCGAAGCAAGUCUCCGUGUCAGUUGCUUCAGAUUCGGACCCGACGGUCUCCAACUCCGUCCAGCGGAGAGUCUCCCAGUAAUCGACCCCCCGAAGCCAGACGCCGAGGAUGAUGACGAUGACGACUACGACAUCUUCGGCUUGGACGACGAAACGGAGAGCGAUGAAAACCCCCCGGCGAAGAACCCCCAAGCCCCCGAGUCCUCCGACGAUGAUGACGAUGACGACGAUGACGAUGACGUUCUGGGCUUCGGCGCCCUCCUCGACAUCUUCACGGGAGACGACGAUAGCAGUAAGAAGAAGACAACAACCGCAGCUCCACUUCUUCCCUUCACUAUUCCAUUGAUAACAAAACCAUCUCCGACAGUUUCGUCACCCCCACAGCCUAUGAAACUAACGAAACCGACGGAGGAGAUUCCUCUGGAGAUGAAAAACCCGACGAAAAUACCGCAGGUGCUGAGUACUGCACCGCCUGAGAGCGCUGAAGUGGUCGAAGAGAUGACUGAUCAGACGGUCAAGGACGAGACGACAGAAGUCAGUGAAGAUGCAGCUGUUCCAGAGGAAGCCGUCACGGGAGAGCAAUCCGGAGACGUUGAAGAGUCCACAUCAGGUCCAGCACCGGAGGUAAAGCCACUCGAGGAGAAGCCGCUGGAGCCCUCGGACCCCACGACGUCCCCUGAAGUCGCCGCAACGGUGCUCACCCCCGCGAAAACCGGAGUGAAGAAGCUCGUGGGGAUAAAGACAGUGAAGAAACCGAGUCUGACCGCCAACAGCCCCAACGCCAUCGUCAGCGACGCGAAGCCUCUGUCGAGACCAACGAAGCCGGACCCGACUGAGAACUCCGACGAGGACGAGGAGGACUACAUCCUCGCGAGUGACUCGGACGAGGAGGACGACGAGACCGAGAACACGGCGGAGGAGUCCGAGGCGGAGGACGACGAGGAAGACGAGGGCGAAAACGAGAGCGAGGAGGAGGAGGACGCGGCGCUAGCUGCCCUCGUUUCAGACGACUCUGAGAACACCAAGGACGAGAAAGUCAGUGAUAACGAGACCUCGAAACCGGAGGAGGACGACGCGGACUAUGGGAUGGGGCUUGCGGAGCUCUUGGCGAGGAAACAAUCAUCGAGGAGACAGUGGAGUGGACGACAGAGUAAAGUCAUGAGAUUGUAAUGAGUCACUGGGACCUUGGCAUUUUUGAUAAUGCUUACAUGAAUUUUCUACAGAUUUUUUAAAUGAUAAGGCAAUUAAUGGCGUGAAUGUUCAGAAAAAUUUCAAUUUUCAAGGUUAUAUGACGAUUGAAUCACCCAAAAAUGUUGAAAUUCAAAUGGAAGGUUCUCCGAAGGUGUCGGGAGUGCAAAAAAUCAUGAAUUAUUAACCAAAAGGGGACAAAAAAAGGACAGCUUCAAAAAUUUGUUCCUUUUUUAGGAACCGCAUGGAAAGAGUUAAA